AUGGAAGAAAGGGAACUUAAUGAAAGAGAUGGCGGUGAUGAUUAUGAACUUAUGAGAAGGGAUGAGGAAGAAGCAUUAGAGAAAAUUCCGAUUCGCCCGGAGAAUGGAAGAUGGAGACGAAGAUGGCGAAUCGUAAAUCCUUGGAUUUGGAUAGGGUUUAGCAUUUGGUCUAUACUCACGACGAGGAGGCUUCUGAUCGCUGAUUUUCGAUACCCAAUAUGUUUUCUUGUUUUAUUGCAAACCGCCGCAUACUUUGCCUUGGGCAUUUUCGCGGUCUUGACAAGUUUUGUCGACUACUUCACGAGCGUCCCGGAUUUAAACCCUAGUCGCGGUCCGUUAUUUCUACAAGGUCUUUUCAUUCUAACUAGAUACUGCCUCACGGUAUUCAUUUCGAUGGUUGCUUUAAUAUACAACGCGGAAGCGAUCAUGCUUUUCAACAAUUUGGCUGUAUUUGCUACAUUAUUAAUACUCACAACCAUCGUCGUUUGGGCUAUCGGCAUCCUUUGCCUUGCCUCCAUGAUUGUCUACAAUGAUUAUCGACUCAAUAUCGAAGCAUUUCAGUUUGCCAUACUUGGUAUGUUUCUUGUCAGUCUGGCAAGGACGAUAGCAGCGAUUGGAUAUCAAGUACCAUCUCCCACAAAUCCUUCUUAUGGAGCCUCACUCUAUUUUAUGCUUUGGGGUGGAUUACCUCCAUGUUUGCUCGUCACCAUUCUCGCUGCGUACAGAUAUGAAGACCUCGGGGAGGCAUUCUCGGUUCUUCGGACUUGGCAAUUCCUGACCUUCGUGAAGAAUCUGACCCCCGGAGCAUUGACUCAUGUUCUUUGGAAUACUCCUUUACGAUCAACAUUGGCACUUUCUAUCGGUUCGAAGUCACCCUAUGAAUCCACCGAAGAAAAUGUUCCCGACGCAAUUGAUGCGACAGUUCACCUUUCUUUGGGACUAAUGCUCAUGAGUACAUUCAAGGAAGAAAACACAAUGAACGGAUUCCAAAUCUUUGUGUUCAUGCUUAUCUACCUUGUUAGUCUGGGGCCAAAAGAAAUAAGCCUCUACAUUCCCAAAUUCGUGAAUUUUGUCUACACCAUACGACGAAAAUCUGGAAUACCAGCUCGGAAACUUUACCCAAUAUGGCAUAAGCCCAUAUUACUCUGGACCACCACCAUUUUAUUUACCAUCCUGAGUUCGACGGGGAUACUUUACUGGAUGGAUACAAUCUCUAUCCGCCACGACCAGAAAUUUUGGACAGGCCCCAAGUCUCCAUCUUUGGAUACAAUUUACAGAGCGGCAACGAAAAAUCGUCUACAAAUUGUAAUCGCUCACUCAGCUGGUGAAUCAAUUCCUGCAAUUAAAGGAAUAGUAACAGGAAUCUUGAGUUCACAGCCUGCUGUUGUGGCUCAUAAGCCAGAUGUUUUGAUCUAUACGAAAGAUCCAUCCAAAGACAUUGUGAAGAAAAUUCGAGCUGAAGUGGGUUUUGGGGAUAUAUAUCCUCUUCCAAAUAUUGGAGGUCCAUCUGGCGUUUUCCUCCAUCAUAUAUUAAAGAACUGGGACAAUUUACCUACGCAAACUCUUUUCAUCACCACGUCUCAACAUACAAUUGAUGAUUUUGAUCUCAUCGGUCGCCGAUUAUUCGAUUAUUACAACCCCGCUCAGCUACCACCAGCAGCAGAGAACUCAGAUAUAUUGACUGGAUUCCUCAACUUAGGAGAACUGGAAACAUGUGACUGUUAUGGAUGUUACGAUAAAAGUGGCUGGAAUGAUACAUUUAGACUCAUCCCAAGUAUGUGGUCUGCAUCUCGUCCUGCUGAAAAGGACAAGACGCCUUACAGAUGCCAGAAAGCGAUCUUAACACAUGGAAACAAUUUUAUUGCUUCAGCGGCGCGCAUUCGGGGAGUUGGGAAAGACAUCUGGGAAACUCUGGAUGAUGCCCUCUCAAACCCUUCACUAAGUAGGGGCUGGGCUCACGAUAGAUUGAAGUUGGGCCCGGAAGGAAGAAAUGCGAAGAUGUUUGGCGAGAAAGAUAGUUUGGAGAAACCGCAUUUAGGGGGUGGAGGAGAGGUGGUGAGAAGGAGGACUGUGCUUGCAGAGAUUGAGGUUGCAGAGAUUGAGGUUGCAGAGGAGAAAUGGAGAUAUGAUCAAGUCAAUGAUAAUGAUAGAAGACUUACACACCAUGGUCCCUCAGUGUGA